AUGGCCCAAAUUUAUCGUAAUGCACGACAAACAGUCGUCUAUCUUGGUAGUUCCACGCCCCAAAUCGAUCAACUUUUUGGAACUAUUCAAGCAAAAAAAUUCAUGAUGAGCAUUGCUGACGCGAACGCAGUCUUUGUGAGUGCAGUUCGAUAUGUAGUCUUUUCAGUGAUACCUCCUCGAUUAUGGGAAGUGCUUUAUCAUUCGGAAGUCAAAGACCCAACUUUGAAGACCAAGAGUCUUCCUUCAUGGGUUUCUAAUUGGACAUUGGACAAGGACAGUCUUCCGGAUCCUCCCUGGUUUUACGUUGACAAAUAUGAGAUUGUCGAUCCUUCAUCAGAAGAUUCUGAUAAUUCUAAGAUCUUGGGAUGA